AUGUCCAUCCGGAUAAGACGAGCCACUGGGGUGUCUGCAGCUGUUUUGAGUCCUGUGGCAUUGUGGGGUGGGGGAAGAAGAGGUUUGGUCUUGGCUACUGUCAAAUUAUGCUGCCUUCUGGGAGCAUUUGCUGUAAAUGUUAAUUAUUAAAUUAUAUUUUCUGAAGAACUCUAAAAGAUCCUUGGAACAGAGCUGGGGACAAGGGUCUCUGUUGGACCUUCUGGGGGAUUUUCAGAUAUUUGAAUACUGGGGUGCAAGGUUGGGGGAAAUCACCAUUCAUAAACACAGCCACUUGAAAGUUGGUAUAAUAUCCGUAUCUGAGCAUGCUUGAGCCUGGAUUAGGGUCGAUCUACUCUUUGCGGUUGGUAUUUGCAUGCAGCCAGGUGUCACACUUAGGACCAGAUGGCAACCAGAUUCUCUUAUCAGCACCCCUGCCUCUGUUUUCUUGAGACCAGCACCAUCCACACCCCUGGAUCCAACCUAGGGAUCAAACCUGUUACACUCACAGAACCUUUGCCACCCUGGUGCCCUUCAGUUGUUCUGGACUACAACUCCCAUCAGCCCCAGUCAGCCAGCCAUGCUGACUGGUAGGAGUUGCAGGGAAUGAACACACUGUAUGAUAAUGUGCAUUCAGUGAUGGAUGCAGGCACCGUUUUGGGAGUGCUGUACACACAGCAGCAUCCUCAUGCUGCCCCAGAGUCACACGAUUUGUCCAUCUAAAGCGAGUUCUGAUGGAAUGGUUAUAAUCCAUUUGGUGCCAAGAACGCACUUCUCAAGUGAUUGCUGCACAUAUGUGGAUACAGAGAGCGCUUUAUCUGAUCACAUCCUAGUGAGGUAGACCUACUGACAUUGCAGGGCUGUGCCGCUCCCCCUCACCAUGUUUAACUUGUCUGUGGAUGAAUUAGGCAAAAUAGGAAGUAGGACAAUAACUUAGCUGCCUUGGUAUAUCAAUAUAUAUUCUCUGUAUAACGACACAGUUUGCAGCACCCCCUCCCUCAUAUGACUAUGAUUUGUUUUUUCUUUAAAAAAAAAACUUCUGUAGAAGCACUACUUGAGGAAAGGGAAACAGAGAACAUUGUUGCACACUAGUUUGAAAAUGUGCCCACUUGUGUGUACAGACAGCAUAGGUAGUCUUGCCACUUCAGAUGACAUUAGCAACUGUGUUUAGCAUAGCAACUCAGAGUAUUUAAAGGUGGAGGCGCUGCCUCCUAGAUCAUAGAAUUGUAAAGUUGGAAAGAACCACAAGGUCAUAUCUUGGCAACCCAAGAAGGCAGCAUUUUGAGAUUUGGGCAGGAUGUCCACAUUUGCUCACAGGUGUCAGUCUUCACAUUAUAUUCUGUUCCAUUUUAUGCUGUGAGUCACUAAGAAUGAGCUUCAGCUUGUCCUCUCAUGAGCAAGCAUGCCAAUCUCUGUCUGUACAAUAAGAAUUAGGGAAAUGCUCAUGCCUAGAGACACUCCAUGUCCAGUUAAACAACCCCGCAACACUUGUUCAUUGAGCAGAAAGUACCCAACUGAUUUAAAUCAAGUGGGAUGGGGUAGAAAUGGAACCCUUGCACUGCAAAAUGAAACAGUCCCCUGUUCUGGCUUGUACAGUCGUACUGUGGUUUUCGAACAGCUUAGUUCUUGAACGUUUUGGCUUCCGAACGCCGCAUACCUGGAAGUGACUGUUCCAGUGUGCGAACUAUUUUUGGAAGCCAAACGUUCCUGCAGCCAAUCAGAAGCCGCAGUUGGGUUUCCAAACGUUUUGGAAGUUGAAUGGACUUCUGGAACGGAUUCCAUUCAACUUCCAAGGUACGACUGUAUUUGAUUCCUAGAAUGCAGGCAUAGUAAUCUGAGCAAGCUGUAGGAUUUUUCCUGUGAUUCACAUCAUGGUGUCCAGUAAGCAGCCUUUGGGCACAUUACCUUGGUAUCCACCCAUCUCAGCCCUUUAUUUAGAGAGGCUCAUGCAACUCUCUGUCGUGACUUGCUCCAACCCGCAAAAUGGGCUCUUCCUCAGGUCUUUACUUGCUUGGCUUCUACUGCAGAAUUUGAGAAAUGGCAGCAAUGUCUGCCCUUGAUCCAGAGCCCUUUGAAACCAUAAACAGGGUUACUGCCUCCCUGCAGCUCUGUGCCCACUUGAUAGCCAUACAACACUUUGUGUUCAAUUACUGUAAAAACAGCAACUGAGAAAUUUAUUACUAGUCGGAACAGCCCUUUUGGAAAAUCCAUUAUCAGCCCCCUUCUGCAAUUCUGCUGUUGCUUGUGCAAGACCCAUAUCUUAGCACAGUGUGUGGACCCUUAUGGGAAUCACUUGGUUUAUCUCAAUAUAGAACUGAAUAAGCAAGAGAGCAAUGCCAGGAAAAAAUAGCCUUUAUGUCUUUGUUUAGACAAGUAUUGGAUGUCAUAGCAAUGCCCUUAAAUAGUCCACAGUUGGAACCCAAGGGAAAUCUCUAAUUUGUUUCCCCAAAGACACAGAGUGCCCAUCUCAGGCCACCUUCGAUCGCUCCCCUUGCAAAACACAUUCUUUCCACUUGGGCUCAACUUUUGUCAAAUGAAAAUAUUCCAAUCGAUUGAUUCAAAUUAUUUUUAAAACAAUAGGAGGUCAUCACAAUCUAGGAUAAAACAAAGGGAAAUAAAUACAACAAAUGUCAUAAGCCAUCACAGUGUAAAACAAUAACCUGAGAGAGGGGAUGUCAAUAUAAUACAACCAAUGUGAUAAACAAUUUUAAAAAAUCAUAAUUAGUACAAAGCAACUCAAUUAAAACUUGGUGGUAAGAGUGCCAUUUUAAGUGCUGGCUUAACUCCACCCCAGCCGAUUAGUUGCCUAGAUUUAAGUUUCUAUCACGUUAGUUUCAAAUUUUGAUUUGUAGUUAACUAUUGGCCGUAAUGAAACAUAUAAAAAUAAAAUAGAACUAAUGAUGACAACCAAGCUGUUUCAAAUAUAGCUGGUAAAAGAUAGCUUGUGUCUUGGCUAAUGCUUCUAAAAGAGAUGGCCACUCUUCUCAGUAUUGUAAUAGUCUUGUAAUGGUAAAAAGGUAAAGGACCCCUGAGAGUUAAGUCCAGUCGCGAACGACUCUGGGGUUGCAGCGCUCAUCUCGCUUUACUGGCCAAGGGAGCUGACGUUUGUCUGCAGACAGUUUUUCUGGGUCAUGUGGCCAGCAUGACUAAACUGCUACCAGCGCACAGAAACACUGUUUACCUUCCCACUUGCACUUUGACGUGCUUUCGAACUGCUAGGUGGGCAGAAGCUGGGACCGAGCAAUGGGAGCUCACCCCGUCACGGGGAUUCGAACCUCCGACCUUCCGAUCGGUAAGCCCUAGGCUCAGUGGUUUAGACCACAGCGCCACCCACGUCCCAGUCUUGUAAUAAGUACCUAGCUAUUUCUGUCUGAUUGCUUUUAUCUGAUGGUGCAGAGAGUAAAUGGGAACCAUAUUGUUGUAGGCCACCCCAAUCUCUGAGCAGUGUGAGAUUCCAGGGGUUUCAGGCACCUACCCAGGGUUAGUGUUUCCUUUUGGAGUGAGGCACAGCAGAGACUAUAGUGUCUUUAGGAUAUGUGGUUUAUUAAUGCAUAUAUACAACCUCAGCCUGUGAUAGAGGGGUUAACAGCAUUAAUACCCCAAAGUGUAUUGUUUCUCCCAUAGUCACAGCCCUGGAUUCAAACAGAUGUCAAACAUUGCUCUCUGACCCUCUCUCCAGCUUGCUGCUUUACUUCUAGGUCACAUUAAUCCUACCUCUGCUCCAAACUCUGGCUUUUUUUCUGGUGAGACUCAUUUGCCAUCUCACACCGAGCCCCUUAAUGGUUUAUCACCCAGGCUAUCACUUCACCAGGAAGCUAGCUUGGCUAUUCCACCAAUUAGAAGCCUUGAUUAAAUUCUAACACUUGCUGGAUCCAGGGAUCAGAGGGGUCUGGCACACAUCUUAACACCCCAAACUCAUAACAAUAUGCAUUCACUGUUAUUGCAAUGUGUAUAUUUUUGCUUCGUUUCAUUGGUGGAAGAGAACUUUGCUGUUAUGCCAAAGUCUUCACAAUAAAUAUACAUUUUGAGAUACGACUUUAUGGAAGACCUGAAAGAAGUCCACCAUAUGGCAGUCAGAGAAGGAGAGGUGCCAGACAUGACAGGCACCAAGGGAGAAAAAGAAGCCAUUUAAGGAAGCAGGAGAGGGCUGAUAUUACCAAUUACAAUAAAACAGAUAGUUGAAAAUAGGCCAGCUACCAUGAAACACAGUUUAAAACACAACCAAGCCUAGAAAACUUCGAUAAAAUCUGGCAAUGGUACAUAUAAUAAAGCAUUUCAGUUAAAAGUGAGAGAAAACACAAACUACUUUGAAGUUCUCUUUAAAACCAGAAGUAAUGGGAGUCAGCUGUAUUACCCCUCUUGGGAAGAGAUUCCAUAGGAUUCCACCACCAUGACUUGCCUGGAAGGGAGACAGAGGAAUCAAAGAUAAAGGCAAGGCUGUCUGUCCCUGAUCAAGAGGAUGGAUGGUGGUGUCAGUGGAGAUGGAGUAUGUACUAGGAGAGGAAGGCUUGUGGGGGGAAAGAUAAGAAGUCUAGCCUUGACUAUGCUGAGACUGAGACAGCAAUAAAACAUCGCACUAUCAGACAAGCAGCUGUAGAUAUAGGACUGGAUGGAGACACAACGUUCUGAGGUGAAGCUGGAUAUCAUUAUUGUAUAGAUGGUACUGAAAUCCCAUAAAAUUUGAUGCACUAUUUUUACAUUUAUACCUCCUCCUUUCCUCUGAGGAACUCAAGAUGGUGGGCCUGGUUCUCCUAUUUUGUCCUCAUAACAACCCUGUGAGGCAGGUUACACUGAGGUUGCUUCCAGACCUUUGCUAUUUCCAGGUGGGAUUCAACCACAUGCCAGCAAAUCAAGGCUGCCCAAUUAAAAUUGAUUUGGAGCCCUUGCACAACAAAGCCACUUCCCAAAAGAUCUGACUUCUCGCGAUAAGGAAAGUGUGGGUCAACACUUGCAUGAAGCAGCAUCUCCUUACCUCAAGAUCACCUAGUGAGUUCUGUGGGUGUUUGAAUUUGGUCCUAGCCUGAACCUCUAGCCACUAGGCCACACUGCUUCUUGAUGAGGUCACCCAGAGAGUGUAAGGCAGUAAUGGGGGGGUGCUGUUGUCCUCAACAUCUUGCUGGAGCCCCUCUUCCAUCAGUCGCAGCCAGCAUGCCCAGUGGUCAGAGAUGAUGGGCGUUUUAGUCCAACAACAUCUGGAAAGUCACAGGUGGGGGGGGAGGCUGAGGAGUUUCCUGAGAACCCUAAGCAGCGCUGAGAAGGGUAUACAGCGCAGGAUCUGCAAUGGGAAGUAGCGCCUUGUAGCUGCUUGCCACCAGUGAAGCCACAGUACCAGUGCUACCGUUAGGCCAACUAGGCAGCCUUCUGGGGCGCAGACCUCAGUUUUUGUUAUAUCUUAUAAAGUUUUGAUAAUAUUUUACUUUUAUUUUAUAUUUUGAAGAAUCUUACCGUUCCUACGAUAAACCUGUUUUUUGAAAAUUUGAACUUAGCAAAUUUUGGAGGGCGGAGUUAUUAACUAGGGCCUUGCCUGGGGUGCAAAACAGCCUGGCAGUGCACGAACCUAGGGAGCUGCUCCCCCAAAGAAAUCAGCGAACCUAGAGCACGGGAAAGCCCUGCCUUGCCUUUCCAGGGGCGGGGCGCGCCCAGGUGCACAACCUGCCUCCCUCUCCCUCUGCGCCCAAUCGCUGCAAGGCAAUCCUGCCUUCGCCCCGCCCCAUUUCAAAGGACGUGGUUGGCUGAGCGGGCGCAGCCGACGCCCAAGAUCUUCGCAGAAGUUUAGUUCCGGCUGAGUUUGCGCCUCUCCGCCCCCUGCGCCAGGUGAGGCGACAGCAAGUUCCAAGGCAGCCUCGCCAGGCGCCUCGACUCAGUCCCGGAGGAGGAGGAAGAGGAGGAGGAGCUCCUGGCCCCGCCCCGUCCCGGGCGGAGUCGCCGCGGCUGCUGACAUGUUUCCCCGGGACGGAGUCACGCGCGCUUUUCCUCGGGGCUGCUUUCGUGGAGCCCCUUCGGGACAGGAUCGCCCAGCAGCCUGCGCGGUUCCCGCCGGCUGCGUCUGAUUCCGGGGAACCGCCUUGCUCGCCGGCGACUUGCCUGCAAGGGGGUCUCUGGAGCGGGGAAGGUAGGACUGUCGGCGCGGGCCCGGAGGCGCCCCCUCGCCUUCCGUGGGGGGCGGGGAGGGCGAUCUCCGUGGGAUCUUGGCACUUCGCAGCCAACGGGGCUUCCUCCCCCUCGCUUGCUCCCGCUUCCAUUUCCUGCAGCGAACAGUGGACCUGCCUGAAUUUCCUCUUUCUACCCCAAGUUUGGGCGGAAAAUGGUUUCGUUUCGUUGCACCUGGCCCUUGGGAAGGGAGCCUUGGAUCAGGCCCGGGUAGCCCACGACGAUUACUUAAGAGAGCUUCCUUUCUUUUACGCCGCCCCGCUACUAAAGUAACCCAGUUUUCCGUCCAAAGUAAGAGCAGCCCUUGUUUUACACGCUGCAUUUUACUCAGCUUGCAGUCCACCCCAUCUGCAACAAAACAUGUCUCUACUGUAUGGGAUUUUACAGCCACAACAGGCGCUGUAACUCUCCAAUGGUUUGACUCUGCCCCCAAAGGCACACUCCUCCAUUGUCUCUGGAGACAAAUGGAUGCCAAAAAAAGUUGGUUCAGUGCUUUUGGAUGGUCAUCUUGUCCCUUUUAUAUUUAUCUUUAAUUUAUGCAAUACAAAAUAGGGAAGAAAAUUCUACCAUUUCAUACUUGCAGACAAUUAAAUACAAACACAGUUGUUCCAAUUGCCCAAUAGCACAAGGAUGCCUGUGGGUUUGUGAGCAGUAGGGGAGAUGCACGCUAUUGGAAAUUAAGCCUCCAAGCUCAUCUAUUGUCAGGGGGGGACAAGGAGUGUUUGUCAAAGGCAAGGAAACCAGGACAUGUAUUUCUCUGGUGUGGGGAAUGGUUCCAGUGUCUCCUGUGCAGUGAUAACCCUCAGCUUUUACAAAGGAGCUUGCAAGCCUAUGUUGUGUUCCUCAUCUGCCUCCUUCCCCCACUUUCCAAAAAGGUCACCUCCAGACUGUCAGAAUUUUGUAGGACGGAUUCACAUGCAUACUGAAAAUGCAUCAUAGGACUGAGCUGAGCAAAAUGGACUCUCCUCCCUCUGUUAACUCUAAAUUUGUUCUGGUGUUCCCUCUAGUCCUCUAGAGCAGGUCUGGGGACAGGGUGGGGAAUCCCAUUGUGCUAGUGUUAAUCUUUGUGCCAGUGCAAUUAUUUAGUUGAAUACCAGCUUGGGUUGACAUUUGGACCAGGAAGCUAAGGAGGGGCCUUGUACCAGGGGCCUAGGUGAUGCAUUAAUACAUAUAUUUAUUUGCAGAUGAAGUGUGUGCUGAUUACUAGUGAGGUGGCAGAGGUCCUGUUCUACUGGGCUGACCCAGAAUUCAUGGCGAUUCUGCACCAGCGCUUUGGGGGCCAUGAUCAAGGUGGUGGUGAGGUGAGAUUUAAAGGGAUGGAGGGAAACAGACCAGAGUAAAUGGAUGCAGGGCAAAAAUGACAUUGCUGGCAUUGCGUUCAGCGCUUGAGAAAGAUGUUCUGCAAAGUUCCUGGAGUGAUGGGGGAAAGUGUACUGGAGGUGGAAGUGUGUAUGCUUAUAAAAGCUUUGGGGCUUGUCUGAACAGGAUCAGGUUAUUUUUCCCUGUUCUGGUUUUGCUUUCGUAUUUCCUUUUUUUAUUUUAAAAAUGAAUGCUAUGUUUUAAUUGUUUUCAACAGUACACUGCCCAGAAAACCCAAGUUCUUAGAUAGCUAAUGGAUAUGAUAUAUAGAUAUGUAGCUGGGAGGCAACUGGGUUAUGGCCUGUCCAUGGGUGUCCAUGCAUAUGCGCAUGGGAUGUGGCGGGACUUGGCAGGGCACAGUGACGGCUGCUUUUCCCUCUUUUUCUUUCCACAGGCCCCCGCUCUGGAAGACAGCAUCAACACAUUGUUUGCCCCCAUGAUCAUCUCCUGCACAACACUGCUAGAGAAACUAGGGGACACAUACACUUGCUUCUCCUCUGAAAAUGACGAACACCUCUAUGUGUUACAUAUGGUAACCGAAUGGGCCACGUGCUUAGAAAUGUAUAGACGUUGAUGGGAAUUUAGUGGACAGACUAAGUCACCUUGAGACAUUCAUUAGCAGUGGAGGGUGGAGGCUAGCCAAUGCAGCUACAUGAGGCCUCCCAUAUUAUUUAAAUUGGGGUGGGUGGGUGUCAUCCAAGCACCUUUUCUUUGUUCCUGCAGUCACAGGUAGGUUGUCUUCUUUGGCGAUCACUCAUAGCUGAGUAAGAUUGUCUUCCAUGAACACUGUCUUUAACAGUGAGUCCGUAAGUGGCUGUGGAGGCCAGUUCUGGAUCCACACAUCCUUCCACAGUGGGGACAUAGGUUUCUGGAUGGGAGCUGAUACAGUGAGGGUUUGCCAAGCGUGCCUUCCUCUUAGUGAAUUUCUCCCUUUUUUUCCUGAGUUUGAGUGUCUUCCAAGUCCAUGACACCUUUGGUAAAAGCUGUUCUCCAUUUGGAGUGCUCUCAGGCCAGUGUUUCCCAGUUGUUGCUGUUUAUACUACAUUUUUUUAAGAUUUGCCUUGAGUCGUUAAACCUCUUUUGUUGACAACCAGCAUUGCGCUUUCCAUUUUUCAGCUCAGAAUAGAGUAGUUGUUUUGGAAGACAAUAAUCAGGCAUCGCACCCGAACAAUAUGACAUUGCGCAGAUCUGUUUUAUUUAAACGAACACCAAAGGGGACUUUAGAUAUUUCCAUGAUCAUUUUACAUCUGUGUUCAUCUUCCUUGUAAUGACUGAGAUAGCAAUCCCCUUGCUGCUUCUACAGUUUGGUGAGUGCCUGUACAUUGCUGUGAACGGCGAUGGCUCCGAGAGUGAGGAUGACUUGCGCCGUAAGCUGUACGUGCUCAGGAGACUGGCUGAAGCUCACUUUGGACUAGUCACGCUCGACAGCCACCUCUUCCGCAGAGAGUGAGUUACCGUGCCAAAGCGGGGAUUUCCUUGCUUCCUUGCUUCCUUUAUUGUGAUGAGCUUGUUUUCCUCCAUCCCUGGAUGGGAUGUUUUGUUCACAGCAUAUGGGACCUGCUUUCCAUGUGGUCUUCUCAGGCCCCUGUAACACUAAAGUCCCAGUGUGCUGAGCCACAGGAAAGCAGCUUCUCCUUGGUGCUGUUCCACACAGCUGGCACAUGUGAGACUAGUUUGUAUGGAAGUGUCAUACUUCCUGGGCACAUAACCUCCUGGUGCAUGAAGGAAAGGGAAGCCUUAACGCGACAACCUUGCCCAUGUGAGAGCAGUAUUCUUGGAACACUGAGCAGUAGCUGCAUGGGCUGUCACCAUAGUGCAAAUUAUGGUUUAUAUGCACAUGAAAAGAGCCUGAGGCAGCACAGCCUGCCUUCCCUAUAAUUUGCAGCAAAGUAGGAUCUGUUUGGGGGUUUGAGUGCAACAAUGCCUAUGUCUGGGGAUGGUUACACAGGUGAGAUAAGACCAAGGAGAGAUGAAUUGUAUGGCCUCUCUGCUCCACAGGCAGGUAGCUGACUUUGCCCUGGGUGCAAUCUGAAGAUUAUGAAUGUAGCCCGAAGAAGUUAUCUUUGAUUUGACUCUGUAGAAAUAAAUUCUCCGCAUAAGUUUUAAAGCCUUAUUUGCAGAAACCUUCUUUAAACUUUACAAAAGCAAUAAAAGAUACAUUGUCUCAGUUAUACAUUUCUAGUAUUACAUACACUGGUCGCAGCAUAAGGCUCAAUCUUUGCCAAAAAAAAGAAUCCUCUCUGUUUUCCAGCUUGCUGCAUUUUGAUUGAUGUUCAGGGAGAUCUGUGUGGGCUUGAAAAACUACUCGUGCUGUGUGUGGGCUACUUCAUAAGUAAACACUUUGAGACUUUGUCCCCAAAAAACAUAAAACUGAACUCACCCCAUUUUUGCAGUGGAAAAAUACAAACCUUCAGCUGUGUGUUCAUUCUUCACAGUAACUUGAAUACAAUAGGACAAUUAUGCACCAUUUUAUGUAACAUUAAAUGAUUUUAACACAAUCUGUAAGUUUGAGGAUUUCUGUCUCUGCCCUGGCCUCCACUGAUUUUGUGGGUUCUUGCUUUGUAGGCUGCGCCCAGGGGAUUCUGAGCAGCGGGCUCACAUUUGGGGACUGUUCCAGAGCCUCCUUCAGACCCAUCACCAGCUCCGCCAGGAUGACCAAAGCUUUGCUGUGGAGGUAAAGUGGACUGGGGCAGUCGAAAAGUGGUGGUUGGAAUGAAGCCAGGGAUGCAGUUGUUCUACUGGGCAGCCUAGGAUGGAUGGAGCAAGCCAGGAUACGUGUGUGUUGCUCCCUAGAACAGGGAUGAGGCACCUUUUCCAACACACAAACAUUGAGCCAGAAGCAAAAGAACAUCGAGCAAUGGCUGUGUCUCUUACCAUUGUCUACUAGGCUACAUUCCAGGCAUGCAAAAACCAGAGGCUACAACACACACCCUCAACACCUCUGCAUCCAGGGAAGCAAGAUGCAUUAUCAGUAUUAAAUUGAAUUUUUGAUCUCUAUCCCACCCUUCCUCCCUAAGAAGCCCAGGAUGAGGAGGGGUGUGCUUUUGGAAGAGUCCUGGAGGCCAGAUAAAGGGCCUCCCAGGCCUGGGUUCCCUACCCCUGAAGUGGGUAGCAGGUAAUGCAUGUCCUUAAUCUGCGUAGACUGAUGGAGCUGGGGAAGUGGGCUUUUCAUGUUGUGUGCCUCACGAUAAUUGCUGCCUGGGCUCUGCGUAAGGGACCAUACACCCCAGGGCUGGAAGGGAAGACCUUGUGCUGCAAACCUGUUCCUCUGCGCCACCCUCUUUAGGCCGUGGAGCGACUGAUCCACCCUCAGCUGUGUGAGCAGUGCAUUGAAUUCCUGGAGCGCCAGGUCGUGCAGCACAUCAAUGGCAGCCCAGAGCGUGCUGGGCACGAAGUUGUGCAUGCCUUCCUGCUUGUGCACACCAAGCUCCUUGCCUUUUACUCCAGGUAAACCCCCACUUCCUCUCUGCAGUCUCCUCAUCCUCCCCUGAGGCACGUCCUGCUCAUGCCAGCCCAGCAUCUUCCACUGUGCCCGUUGCCUCCUUUGGCACCCCGCACCUCUGCUUCAGUGCCAGCCAGGCCACCCUGGGCCUCUGGUUGUCUCUAGAAGGAUACCUCCCACCUUCCGAUAUGUGGCUCCCCUAACAGAUGGCCGUGUCUUCACCUCUUCUCUUUUACCUGCCUCCUAGCCGGAAUGCCAGCUCUCUGCGGCCUGCUGACUUGCUCACGCUCCUCCUGAUUGUGCAAGAUCUGUAUCCCAGCAGCGCUUCUGAGGAGCUGCCAGCCUCCCAGGUACCUGCCCAGGUGGGGAAGGAGACACAUUCAUAACAAGGGGCUCUGUGUUUGUGGAGAUUCCUCUUUGGGAUUUUCUCAGACAAUGACCUUGAGCUGGACUGAGCUGUGUGGAGUUGGGCGUAAGUGAGAUUCUGGGAGCUUGGUGGUACUUUACUGUCACAGAGCUGUCUUCCAAGUGAAUUGCACUUGCCUCUGCAAUACAUGCAGAAUUUUUAGGAUGUGGCUACAGGCUUUGGUAAAAGGUUUAAAUUGUGUUUUAUGCAUUUCGAGGGGUGUAUUGACCUAUGCUUUAUCAGGCUACUGUAACUAGAUUUUGCAUUUGGAUGGGUUUUUUAAAAAUGUAUAUUAUAUUUGGUGUGUAAGCCACCUUGGGAGGGCUAUGACCUAAGUGGCAAGCUUAAAAUAUUUAAAUGAAAAUUAAUUAAAUCUAAACAGGAGCUGGGAUGGGUACCCUGGAUUAAUAGUAAUAGUAGUAAUAUUUGCAUUUAUACCCCACCCAUCUGGCUGGGUUGCCCCAGCUACUCUGGGCGGCUUCCAACACAAAAACAUAAUAAAACAUCAAACAUUAAUUAAUCUGUUCCAAUAUAAAAGUCACAAUAACUUUAAAAUAAAUAAAUCAUAUCAAACAAAGCAGCAUUCAUUAAGAGCUGUUGCGCUGUGUGAAGUCUGUCUAGAUGCCUGAACAGCUAAAUGUCACAGAGAAUCAUUGUGGAUUAAUCAUUAGAGACCACAGAGGCCCAGUCCAAAUUCCCACUAAAUGAAUUUGGUCCAGUUUCUUAUAUGCCACUUUGAGCUCCUUGAAGGAAGGCCUCAAUAGGCCUCUUAACCACCGCUUUAAUUUCCCAUAAUGUUCUGGUCUGACACUGAGUCCAGAGCAUUGUGGGAAAUAAUACAAUGGAUCGGCACAGGUUCCUUGUUCAUUUGUAGGAGGUCCUCAAACACUUCUUUAAAGAAACAAUUCAGAUCUGGAAAAUUUCAGAUUUGUAAAAUUUCAUGGAGCUCAGUGUUUGCAAAUUGUUUGCUGCCAUUUUAUUUUAAUGUUAGUAUUUUUCAUGAUAACGUUUCGUGCUGCUUUAUUAGAAACGUGCUAUUUCAUAGUAUUAGAAAUGAGACUCUAAGCUGCCUUGUGAGGAGAGGGACACUAUCAAAGGCAAGAUUUUUAUUAAUAAAUGGGCAGGAAGGAGCAUGGCCUACAUUGGUGGGUGAGUCCUGGCAGCUGUCCAAAGAUGGCUAAGCCUGUCUCUUUCAGUUCUCAGAGGACGAGCCAAGUCUCCAGAGGCUCCAUAGCAGUGAAAACAUCCCAAUGAACAGCUCUUCCCAAGAACAGGUAAGUAUCAGCUGGGCUUUGGGCCUCCCAUCCCAAAGGCCCAACCCUGGGUCCUUGGAAUUUGUGGUUGAUCAGGAGUUGGGUUGUAGGCUUAGCUUUAAAACCUGAGGGAAGCAGGGGAGACUAGGAUGUUGCUGUGGAAAAUGAUAUGCGAUUCAUUAUUUGCUAGGAAUGGUGAAACCCCCAUCAUUGUCCUUCUGGGAUCCCAUGGUGGAACCUAUUUUGGCAGAUGGGGAGGGAGCCAUCCUGGGCUCGUGCUGAGUCUGUUCCCUCCCACACCCUCCCUUACGCCCUCCCUCAGGUAGCAGAUGAUCUCUCUAUGCCCGAGGAGUUCUACACCCCCAAGGCUUCCCCUAGCCAACAGAGCACAGGUGAGUUUGGGGUCAGUGCGGAGGAGUAUGAGAAGCGACUGUGGUCUCCUGUAGAUGUGGGGAGAGCUGUCAGAAUGCAAAGAAAGAAAGAAAGAAAGAAAGAAAGUGACUUGCACGUCAGCUGGCUUGACUGAGUGGUGACUGCGUGGAAAUCUGAUUUCCCCCUCCCUGUUUUGGAAAGGGGCAUUGCCCCACUGCUUGGCUGACACUCAGAAGGUGUGCAAGUGUGGCUCUAAAAGCAAUUUCCUAUAGCGCCUGCCAAGGGAUGGGGUUAAGCGUAGGUGCUGCCCCAGCUAGGAGGUACCUGGAUCAAAAUGAUGUUCUGAGUCUUUUGUUAGUUGCUGUUGGCAGCCACCUUAACUGUUCCCACCUGUGGUGCUGGGGGUAUCUGGUGUCUCUUCUCUCUGUUGCCUGAAGGAAGCACAGCCUGGGCUGAUGGUGUGGACUUUCAGGGUGAGGGGGAGACGAAUUCUGCUGACAUCCAGGUAUGUGCUUGGGCUUGGGAUCACAGCUCUGGAUUUUUCUGCUGGGCCUCCCUUUCUGCUCUCUCCAUUUCCACUUUACAUUCUCUUCUGGGUCUGUCUGGGGUUUUUUUGUUUUGUUUUUGGCCACCUGUACUUCUCUUGUAGCCAAAUCAUAUGAUCAGUUUUUUUCACCACCCACAUAGCUUUUUGUGAUCGUCAGCCUUGCAGCUUGUGGUUAUGUCCCCCACAAAUGGGGAAAUGAACGGAAGCAGCUUUCUCAGAAUUGUGCAAAGCACCACAUGUGAUGAGAAACGGCAGCAAAGAAACUCCGAUAAUGAAAGCUGGACAAAGAGGAUCCAUUCCACAAGGAUUUUAGGGCAGCAGGCAUUAGGGAUCCCUUAUGAUCACAUUUCCCAGUUUGCUUGAUAGAGGUGUUGCUUUCUUUCUGUAUACUUAGAUGUUUCUAUACUUUCUAUACUUCCCAGUACUGUGAAAUCUGGGACAACCUUCCCCACCACCUGAACCAUUAACAUACCAUAAAUGCAACCGUCAUGGUGUCAUUAAGAUUGCAUAUAAAGCUCACCGAAGCACAUUGUAGUAAAGUUAACAUUCCCUAUGCUGGCAGACCAGGGUGUCUGUGCGUGGAUGACCUUGGGGCUUAAAUGAGGGGAGAAGAAUGGGCAAGAGAGCCUUUAGAGAUCUCCUGGCCUUGCAGGGAAAGGGUUGGAACAGCAUCCCCUCAGUUGCCCUCUUCCCCACCCCCAAAAAAUGCAGAUGGGAAAAACUGGCAGGGGAACUGGUCUAUGCAUUCAUACUGCCCCACAAUUACCAGCAGCAUGCGGAUGGGAGCAGUUAGCCAACCGGGAUUGGGAGCUAGGCAUGUCCUGUUUUUCAUGCCUGUAGUCCCUAAUCCCACUCCCUACCUCAGCCAGGAUCCCAUCAACAGUGAAGGGGGCUCUCCCCUUCCAGCUGAAGGGAUCCUGGUGGUGGUUGAGGGCAAGUAGGAAUGGAAUUGAGCUCUGAGGCUGCAUGUUCUUUGAACCCAGGACCAUAAGCCUGUGACCCUUCAGAUGUUGGGAUACAGACUGCUGACACGGGCUGAUGGGGAGUGGAAGUCCAAGGACAUAGAAUCAUAGAAUCAUAGAGUUGGAAGAGACCACAAGGGCCAUCGAGUCCAACCCCCUGCCAAGCAGGAAACACCAUCAGAGCACUCCUGACAUAUGGUUGUCAAGCCUCUGCUUAAAGACCUCCAAAGAAGGAGACUCCACCACACUCCUUGGCAGCAAAUUCCACUGUCGAACAGCUCUUACUGUCAGGAAGUUCUUCCUAAUGUUUAGGUGGAAUCUUCUUUCUUGUAGUUUGGAUCCAUCUGGAAGGCCACAGGUUUCCUCGCCCCUGCUUUAAACUAGGUGGGGCACUGUCCCGCCUUGGCUUAAAGGAUGAUGGGGGGUGAGGUGGGUGGACUAAUUUGACUCUGGAGGCCUCUUUUGCUCUGAGCUCCUUUUCCCUCCCCACUUCCUUCGCCUGUGGAAUUGAGUCGCUCUGCUUGUUUCCUAGAAUUGGCACUAGAUGGAGCUAUUGCUUCACUUUCCUGUUAAAGGAGCAGCCGUUUAGUUCCUAAAAUUGUGGAAAACUGAGUCCUUGAGGAACUUCACCCAAGAAUGCUCUAUGUCCGGUCAGACAGAUCCCAAUUCUGUGACAACAGCAUGCUAAUCUUUUCCCCAGAUGGCUGAGGAUUCGCUGCAGUUUCUGGCGCCUCCAGCGCCAGAGGCUACCAAUCCGCGGAGAAUUUUCCUGGACGCCAACUUGAAGGAAGGCUAUUGCCCCAUGAUGCCCCACAUGAUGUACUGCCUGCCUCUCUGGCCAGGAAUCUCGCUGGUGCUCCUCACUAAGGUGAGCCAGCUCUCCUGAGAGGUGUUUAUGAUGCCCAGCCUGCCUGGAUCUCACUGAAUGUCCCCUCUGCCUCGCAGAGCCCCAGUUCCCACGUGGCACAUUCCAUCUACCAGCUGCUGGAUGGAUUUCUGGUGCUGGAGAAGAAGCUGAAAGACGGGCAGGAGAUCAGGCCUCACCUGCGCUCUCAGCCGGUCCUCGUGGAACUCCGGCAUCGGAUGGACAACUUUGUCAGGAGGUUGGGUGGGCAAGAGCCACAGGUGAGAUUUGGCCAAUUUACAUAGGAGCUGCCCAGGCACAAGGGUGCUGGAGUUGAGCACCCUUUCCCAGAACACACUGCUAAGAGGGGCUGAGUGAUGUAGUGUCUAGUGGGGCAGAGCUGGGCAGGCAUGAACAGGCCUGAGCUAUGGGUGAGUUCCCAUUUACAGGAGUAGGAAAGACAACAGAAUUGCUGGGUAAGAGCAGACCCUGCAAAGAGAUGAAAUGGUGCUGCACCUAGGAGCACAUCCCUCUCUCUCUCUCUCUCAGUUGCAGAAUACCUGGCUGGAAUUCAAGAACAGAGCUUUCUCUCGGAACGAGACUGGGAGUUCCUGCGAGUGAGUUGCUGGUCGGGCUGGGCUGAAGUGAGGGAGAUUAGAAUACAGGGUUGGGAUAGGAUUUUGGGGGUAGCAUCCUGGGGACCAGUUACUAUACCUUGGCCUCAUCUGAGGAUAAAAUGGAAAGGUGGCAAUGCUGCAGCCAUGCGUGGUCCCUUCACGGAUGCAAAUGUAGUGAUGAAAAGGAUGAAUGGAGGUCUAUGAGGCUUAAGGGCUCUUUGGACUGUGAGUGUUGCAGUCCUGGGACAAGGAAGCAGCUGGCUGGACAUGCUGUGAGGAAAGGAGAACGUUCCUGCUCUUGCUGGAUCUGAGCAAUGAACAGACUCCUUUGCUGUCAUAUUUUGAUUUGUGGGGUGUGUGCGCGCUUGCAUGCCGCAGCAAUUCUCUUUCAACAGCUGUGAGACACGGUUGCAGACAAAUCUGGAAGAGCAAAAAAUACGAGGUAAAAAUAGGAACCAAUUUACAGAACAAACCAUUGUAUAGCACUCCUGGGACUGUACCACUUACGAAUGUGUGUUUGAAGCUCCCCUGUGUGUGCACAAUCAAGCAAAGCUUCCUCUGCACAUAGUGAAGAGCGCAUGAGGGAGAAGGCUUGGGUUCAAACCCUCCUCCUCCUUCCAGACAUGCAAUAGACUACCGUGUGCUGAGUUCAAACUUCAUCAGGGGCCAAAGGAGGCCUGGCUGGUAGCUGAAGGGGGAAGAUUUGGCAUGCAUUUGGAAAAGGAGCUGGAGGGACAGGGGAAGAGAAAAAGAUUCCGAUUGAAUAGAGUGGGGAGAAAUGGCCGAAAGGACCAGUCUGGUCUUUUCACCUAUUGAUUUGUACCUGGGACACUAAUGGAGUUACCAGCUGAAUGGAUUUAACAGUUCUUGCAGCUUGGGGAAAAUGUUAACAAUACCACGUUAACCUCUAUAGGUUAACGAAGAUGAUGUAUUGACAGAGACUGCGUACAAAUGAAACACAGUUUGAACUCUGGGGCCAUUCCUACUGCUUUCUUCUUAAAAGAAGCAAUUUUCUCUGCAUGACUGUUGCAGAAUACUCCCUUUAGACAGGUGUUCUGUGGUGGGCGUGUCCUGCAACAUGUUCUUGACAGCAGUCCUAGUGCACUGGUGGUGAGUUUCUUCUGCAAUGCUUCCCUAAUGCUACCACAUUAUUGCUGUCCAGAGCAGCUGUAGCACAACAAAAAGGGGGGGGGCAACCGAACUCCAGAACAUUUGUGUUUUGAAAUGUUGCAGGAUUUCAGCAGGAAUCUGUGGAAUCUGCGCUCAUUGGAAAUGAAGCCAUGUGACACACACACACACACACACCAAUAGCAUAAUGUGCACAAAUAAUCGUGAACGCACAAAAAAGGGACAUGGGGGGUGAUCCUGAAUGCCCUUCAUAGGUGACAAAAUUCAGAUAAUGCUUCUGGCUUGCCUGGAUGGGGGGCAGAGGUGGGUGUGAAAACUAGCAUUUCUGUACAGAGGUAAAUUUUGCAUUUGUUGCUCUGGCCCCACCAUCGCUCCUGCCAUGUGGCCCCUGGGAAGGGAAUGUGGCCCUCAAUCUGAAACAAGUCCCCCCACUGCUUCAGAGGCACACUGAUCUCUCUUUGGCGCAGGCUUCUGCAGGCCUUCUGCCGCAUCCGGAGGCAGCUGUGUGCCGUGUAUCGGCAGCUCUUUCUUGGAUCCUCUGGUACGCAGGGCCUGCCGCAGAACUUGCUGGACCAGGUGCAGCAGCUGACGCGGUGAGUGGGAUGGAGCGCAGUGGCAAAACCACACGGGAAAGGGUGGCGGUGGCAUAUCUGAACUUGUACGCAUUUGAGAGUUUGCACCUCAUGCUGGAUAUCCCGUAAGGCAGUAUUGGUCUGUUGUUGGACUACAGCUCCCAUCAUCCUUGGCCAGCUUAGCCGUGGAUGAUGGGAGUUGUAGACCAACAGCAUUUGGAGACCUGACAUUGAGGGACGUUGCUGGAAGGUCACCCUGAAGUUCCCUUGAGCACAGCUCUCUUCCACUCUUAUAUCCAUUCAGUUCUGUCCAGGAGAAGCUGGUACACCCCAGUCAUGCUCCACUCCUUAUAGCGGCUGCUGAGAGGCUACUUGGACCCUUCUCCUGAAUACCCAUCUCUUCUUACCCCGUGCACUUUUGGGUCUAGUGCCUGCUUCUCCCCAUGAUAGUGGCCAACUAAGGAAGGAACAUUGGGGAAUUGAAAGGCUUGCUGUCUUUCCCCCCCAAGGUGGGGCUGGAAACUCUGGCUCCGAAGCCAAGCACCACUUGCUGCGAGGGCAGGAAGGCAACACGUGCACCAAGCUCUUGGCCCUUGUAGCUUAUUUCCGGUUCCUUUUUGUUGGCAGGGACAAGCUGCAAGACUGGAGAGAUUUCCUGCUGGUGAAGAGCAAGCGCAAUGUUACCAUAGUGUCAUAUCCUUCCAUGCUUUUCUCCGGUCCCGUUCACUUCUUUUCUCCUGGAGGACUUCUGAGCAUCCCCAACCAAAAGCAGCAGGAGGAGAGCUUCCUAGAGAAGUGA